AUGCACGACCAUACAGAUGAAUUGGAUACUUAUAAUGUUAUUAUUAUCUGCUUUACCGUGAGCUUCGCUUUUCUCGUCAUUCACCUGAUUACCCUUAUAUUCUUCAAAAAGGCUCGUCGACUCUAUGGAAUCGCCUACUUUCUGGGUCAGAUCUUCCUCAGCAUGGCAGCACUCCUAACCCUGGUGAGUUGUGGUCUAGACCACAAGAGUCAGGCUUUUGAAAUCAUUCCACUGGCAGCCAACUUCGGUUACUUGGUGAAUAUUUCCGCUCAAACCCUCACUGCUAUUCUCACCCUCCUAUUCACCUUACAAACUGAGGUCACUCUCACCUCGUCUCCUGGCACAGGCGAAGAAAUCGUAACCAUUCCACGAAGGAGAAUUGACGGGAAUCGGUCGUGCAUUCGUCGAAUUUUGGUGAAUGCUGUCGCCCUCACUUGCAUAUUUGGACUUCCCCUUUGUAUGGUCCUACAGCAGUCAUUUGUCCCUAUUGUCAACAAAACCUCCAUUCUUGAAGUGAAUAUCAGUGGAAAUACUGUUCAACGAGAUCUCUGCUCCUUCAAACCUAAUGCUGAAACCCUCUACUUCCUUCUAACGCCCGCUCUUCUCCUACUCAUUAUCCAAAUUGUUGUGAUAUCCAUAGCGUUGAGGAAAUGUUCGUCUUCGGUGGAGGGUAUAAAUAAGCAUUUAAAGAGGCAUCAGAGAUUAAUGGUGUUGUUUAAAAUGUGCCUUGGGCAACUCCUGGUUUGGAGCACGGCAGUUCUAGCCUUAAUAAUGUCGUCCAACACCCUCUGGACCAUAUUCGCCCUGAGCAUGGCUCUGGAGUCCAUCUUCUCAGCAACCGUCUGCAUCCUCUCUCGACCCGUCAUCGGGGCUAUUUUGUCUUUGAAGUACCGUGGAGAAGGAGAUGAAACAGGUGGAAUUAACUUCGCCAACGGAAUCCAUCGAUCCAUUAGUGACGAUGACAGGGAAAUAUUGCAUGCCUGUCAAUACAAACUCGGGGACGAUAACGAACGAUAUUACUACUGA